GAUUCGGACAUUUCAGUCAAGAGGAACGAGGGUGAUCUCGUCAGUCAGUGUUAUGAAUGGGUGGCAAGGGCCCCGGGGGGCGGUUGAGAAACGGGCUAUCCAUCACCAAGCUCCGCUGAGCACCUUUCCUCUUGCUCUGGCAUCUGGCCCAACGACUCCCUCUCCCAUUUCGCCCAGCUAUUCGGGCGCAUCAUGGCGGGGUGCUAUGGCAGGCAACUCACCUCGCCCUACCUUGUUUUCCCAUGCUCUUUGCUCUG